AUGCGAUCGGCCCUCUCCACGGUGAGUAACUGGAAGGAGCUGCACGCAUGGCUGCAGGCACAGGCGCCCGCGCCGCGGCCGCCCGGGAAGCGCCCGGCGCCCGCGGAGAGCUGGGAGCCCCGGAGACAGGCGCUCGCGCGCGGGCGCGCCAGGAAGACCAGCGGCACGCCCAUGGCGCGAGAGUCGACCAUGGUCCGGCGAGAUAUCCAUCGGCACAGCGUACUCCAGUCCCAGGCCAUCCCGAAUCCGGUCGCAAAUUUCUCCUUGUCGCGCCUCGGGCCCCUCACUCUGGUCGCGCAGUCGCGCCCACGCCCCGCUCUGCCCCCCUCGCGGGGCGCGGAGCUUCCCGCCACGGCCGACCGCACCCCUCUGGAGUCGCCGGCCGAGAGCGAGGCGGAGGGCGUCAUCGGCCGCGCGUGCGCCGCGUGCGCCGCCCCGCUCGUCUCGGCCUGGGACCUGCGGGCCCGCUGGGCGCCCGCGGUGCCCGCGCCGCUGCCGUCCCUGAGCGCCGCGGUGGUGGGCGGGGGCCUGGCGGGCAGCUUCCUGGAGGUGGCGGGGCCGCCAGGCGUCGGGAAGACGCAGCUGUGCCUGCACUUGGCGGCCCUGGCGGCCCUGGAGGGCGGCGAGGCCUUCUGGCUCGACACCGAGCACGCCUUCUCCCCGCCGCGGGCCCUCGAGCUGCUGCGGGCCCUCUGCGCCGGGGGCCCGGAGGCCGAGGGCCGGGCCCUGGAGGCGCUGCAGCGCAUCCGGCGGCGCGCGUGCUCGUCCCUCGCAGACGUGCACGCCAGCUCGUUCGCGACCUCGUGCAGCGCACGCGGGAGGGCGCCGGGCUGCCGGCGCUGGUCAUCGUCGACAGCAUCGCGGCCGUGGCGCGCAACGACGGGGACGUCCUGGCGGAGGAGCAGCGGUCGUGGGUGCCGAAGCGCCAGGCGGCGCUGA